CGUUUGCUAUUUUCGUAAUUCUGCUUCCUACCACGUCCGCUCAACCUACCCUGGUAUCAGAAAAUUUGCAUAAUUCUCUGUAUAAAUACAGUAUGCCCACUGUGCAAUCUAAUCCUAGUUGAUGUGAAAAGUACAGAAUUAUGCCACCCAAAGGAGGAGGAAAAGCCGCCAAGAAGGCCGGUAAGGCCAGGCCUGCUGGGGCCAAAGGCAAGAGGAGGAGAAGGAGAAAGGAGUCUUUCGGCGUGUACAUCUACAAGGUGCUCAAGCAGGUGCAUCCCGACACCGGUGUCUCCAGCAAGGCCAUGGGCAUCAUGAACUCCUUUGUCAACGACAUCUUCGAGCGUAUCGCUGGUGAGGCUUCCCGCCUGGCUCACUACAACAAGCGCUCCACCAUCAGCAGCCGGGAGAUCCAGACCGCCGUGCGUCUGCUCCUGCCUGGUGAGCUGGCCAAGCACGCCGUCAGCGAGGGCACCAAGGCCGUCACCAAGUACACCAGCUCCAAGUAGACUGACCGCCUGACCAGUAUACCCCGGCCCUUUUCAGGGCCACCCACAUCUUCCAGAAAGAACCGUAUUGUUUCACCAGAUUGACACUGUAUGUAGCUCCAUGCA